UUUGGGACGACAUGGCCUUCCGAGGCUCGGAUGCGUUUGCAUGAACCUGUUAAAGAAGCAGAGCGUAUUUAGGCCUUUGGAAGGUGCAGGAGAAUUGUACAUGCACGGAUUCAUUCAGCCUCUGUAACAGGAUUAGUGAUCGCAAUAAACGCGCCCUGGUGUUGUUUUGGUGCAGAAAGGAAUAAACCAGGGUCAUCUGGAGGAAUAACGGAGCGCUUAUUGGCCUCUUGAUGCGCAAAGAUCAACAUUCCCGCUAACCAGGACGAGGACGCCGAGGACACAUAAAUCUGUCUCUGCAUCCAGGAUCCAGCACUCAGCAUCCAGCACUCAGCAUCCAGCAUCCCACCUCGAGUACUCUCAUCUCUCCGUCUGAGCGCUCUCUUCUGUGGGCACCAUGGGGAAUCGUGGUAUGGAGGAUCUAAUCCCGCUGGUGAACCAGCUGCAGGAUGCCUUCAGCAGCAUCGGUCAGAGCUGUAACCUGGACCUGCCACAGAUCGCUGUGGUGGGCGGCCAGAGCGCCGGCAAGAGCUCCGUGCUGGAGAACUUUGUGGGAAAGGAUUUUCUGCCCCGUGGCUCUGGCAUUGUUACCCGUAGGCCUCUGGUGCUGCAGCUCAUCAACUGUAGCACAGAGUAUGCUGAGUUUCUUCACUGCAAAGGAAAGAAGUUUACAGAUUUUGAUGAAGUGCGCCAGGAGAUUGAGGCUGAGACUGAUCGUGUCACUGGAGCCAACAAGGGCAUCUCUCCAGUUCCCAUCAACUUGAGGGUGUAUUCUCCAAAUGUGUUGAACCUGACCCUGAUUGACCUGCCAGGUAUCACCAAGGUGCCCGUGGGAGACCAGCCCGCCGACAUCGAGCAGCAGAUCCUGGACAUGAUAAUGCAGUUUAUCUGCAGAGAGAGCUGCCUCAUCCUGGCUGUUACACCCGCCAACACAGACCUGGCCAACUCAGAUGCCCUCAAAUUGGCAAAAGAUGUAGAUCCUCAGGGUUUAAGGACAAUUGGUGUGAUCACUAAACUGGACCUGAUGGACGAGGGCACUGAUGCCAGGGAUAUUUUGGAGAACAAGCUGCUUCCUCUGAGGAGAGGUUAUGUCGGUGUGGUGAACCGUAGCCAAAAAGACAUAGAAGGGAAAAAAGAUAUUAAAGCAGCUUUGGCUGCAGAGAGGAAAUUCUUCCUGUCUCAUCCUUCCUACAGACACCUGGCUGACAGCAUGGGUACACCUCACCUGCAAAAAACCCUCAACCAGCAACUGACCAAUCACAUUCGAGACACGCUGCCUGCAUUCCGGAGUAAACUACAGUCUCAGCUUCUAUCUCUGGACAAGGAGGCCGAAGAAUACCGCCAUUUCAGGCCAGACGACCCGUCACGCAAGACUAAAGCCCUGUUACAGAUGGUGCAACAGUUUGCAGUGGACUUUGAAAAGCGAAUUGAAGGAUCAGGUGAUCAGGUGGACACCGUUGAGCUGUCAGGAGGAGCCAAAAUCAAUCGGAUCUUUCAUGAACGCUUUCCUUUCGAGCUUGUCAAGAUGGAGUCUGAUGACAAAGAAAUGCGCCGGGAAAUCAGCUACGCUAUUAAAAACAUCCAUGGUAUCAGAACUGGUCUUUUCACUCCGGACAUGGCAUUCGAGGCCAUAGUGAAGAAACAGGUAGUGAAGCUGAAGGAACCCUGUAUUAAAUGUAUUGACCUGGUCAUUCAAGAACUCAUCAAUACAGUGCGUCAGUGUGCCAAUAAGCUGGGUACGUUCCCCAUGCUGAGGGAGGAGACGGAGCGAAUUGUCACAUCACACAUUCGUGAUCGUGAGAGCCGUGCCAAAGACCAGAUUCUGUUGCUGAUUGAUGUCCAGCUUGCUUACAUCAACACCAAUCAUGAGGACUUCAUUGGCUUUGCCAAUGCACAGCAGAGGAGCACCCAAGCAAACAAGACGAGUUCUGCAGGAAAUCAGGUCAUUCGAAAGGGCUGGCUGACCAUCAACAACAUCAGCAUCAUGAAAGGAGGAGCCAAGGAGUACUGGUUUGUUCUGACCGCUGAGAGCUUGUCCUGGUUUAAGGAUGAUGAGGAAAAAGAAAAGAAAUACAUGCUGCCUCUGGAUAACCUGAAGGUCAGGGAUGUGGAAAAAGGCUUCAUGUCCAGCAAGCACAUGUUUGCCAUCUUCAAUACAGAGCAAAGGAAUGUCUUCAAGGAUAACCGCUUCUUAGAGCUGGCGUGCAACACCCAAGAGGAGGUGGACAGCUGGAGAGCAUCCCUUCUGCGUGCUGGUGUUUACCCUGAGAAAUCAUCGGUGGACAGUGAGAGUUCUAGUGCAGCUGAGAACUUCUCUAUGGACCCUCAGCUGGAGAGGAAAGUGGAGACCAUCCGUAAUCUGGUAGACUCCUACAUGGGUAUUGUCAACAAGUGUAUCCGGGAUCUCAUGCCCAAAACCAUCAUGCAUCUCAUGAUCAAUAAUGUGAAGGACUUCAUCAACGCCGAGCUUCUGGCUCAGCUGUACUCUGCCGGAGAUCAGAACACACUGAUGGAUGAGUCUCAGGAGCAGGUACAGCGCAGGGAUGAGGUGUUGCGUACCCAUCAUGCCCUGAAGGAAGCACUAGCCAUCAUCGGAGACAUCUCCACCUCUACUAUCACCACCCCACUGCCUCCUCCUGUGGAUAGCUCCUGGCUUCAGGCUGGCCCCGGAGGCUCCCGCAGGUCUCCCCCGCCGAGUCCCACCGCCCCACGUAGGAUGUCGGCGGGGCAGAGGCCUGCAGGGCGAGGUGCUCCUCCUCCUCCAUCUCGCCCGGGGCCUCUUGGGCCAUUCAACAACAGCGCCGAUAGCCCCCAGGUGCCCAACCGCCCCAAUCGUGCUCCUCCCAGCAUUCCCAGCCGCCGGCCCCCACCUUCCCCCACCAGACAGGUUCCAUAAGCAACCGAGUGGGACUCUCUUGUCCUGGACCAAGCACUCACGUACAAUCCUCAGCGCUAACAUCUCGGAACCUUCCGAGCCCUGAGCUUCAGCUCCUGCAUGUCCCAGUCUUUAGCUUCGCUGCUCCUCCGUCAUUCAUAGACUUUUCUAUUCCUCUGCCGUGCUGGUGUCCAUUUUAGCCAUGAUCGUUUUGUGCUGUGUCUGUAUGCCUGUUAUCUUGAUCAACCAUCGGCAGAGCAAUUCCUACCCACUAGCCCUCUUGCAUCCAGCUUCUUAUUUUUAGUUUAUUAGUGUGAAAGUGCUGUGCUUGCUGAUAUCUAAACUGAGCAGCAUCAUUCGUGAUAUCAGGCAGUGUGAAUAGUAGUGGUCAGUGAUUGCAUGUUACAGUGUGAUUGUGCUCUGUGUGCUCAUAUUACUUUCUCUUCCAAAUGAAAGGUCAAUGAGUAAAUCUGUGUUAAAGUGUGUGUGUGUGUGUGUGUGUGUGUGUGAGAGAGAGUUGGAGUAAAGAUCAAAACUGAACUGAAUGCCAGAAGCGCAUUUGUGAGGUUGGACGAGAAGGCCUAGCUCACAGUCUCCGCUCUAAUUCAUCCCAAAGGUGUUCUAUCGGGUUAAGGUCAGGACUCAGGCCAGUCAAGUUCUUCCACACCAAACUCGCUCAUCCAUGUCUUUAUUGACCUUGCUUUGUGCACUGGUGCAUGUUGGAACAGGUAGGGGCCAUCCCCAAACUGUUCCCACGAAGUUGGGAGCAUGAAAUUGUCCAAAAUCUCUUGGUAUGCUGAAGCAUUAAGAGUUCCUUUCACUGGAACUAAGGCGCCAAGCCCAACUCCUGACAAAAACAACCCCACACCAUAAUCCCCCCUCCACCAAACUUUACACUUGGCACAAUGCAGUCAGACAAGUACCGUUCUCCUUGUAACCACCAAACCCAGACUUGUCCAUCGGAUUGCCAGACUUAGUUUUAAAGACAUGAUAUAGCAAUAAUGAUUACUGGCUUACUGGGCCAUAUUCAGUGUUGGCAACGUAUGUCACUUCAGGAUAUACACAAAUAUAAGCGAAGGUUAUGCUAAUUUUAAAUUUCAGCACCUACAGACCCCAAAUAUUUUGAUUGAUGUCAUUAGUCACGGUCUUUUAAAAUGGUACGAAGAGAUGGCUCCUGGUAACUCUUGGUAAAUGGGUGGCUGGGUGGAUGGAUGGAUGGAUGGGAUCCAUCCAUCUAUUCAUCCAAACAGCCACCCAUCUAUCCAACCAUCCUUAUGUCCAUUUACCUGUCUUCCAUAGAGUAUCACACACUUACCUAAUACUUACACCGACUAGGCAUAACAUUAUGACCACUGACAGGUGAAGUGAAUAACACUGAUUAUCUCUUCAUCACGGCACCUGUUAGUGGGUGGGAUAUAUUAAGCAGCAAGUGAACAUUUUAUCCUCAAAGUUGAUGUUAGAAGCAGGAGAAAUGGGCGAGCAUAAGGAUUUGAGCAAGGAGUUUGACAAGGGCCAAAUUGUGAUGGCUAGAUGACUGGGUCAGACCAUCUCCAAAACUGCAGCUCUUGUGGGGUGUUCCCGGUCUGCAGUGGUCAGUAUCUAUCAAAAGUGGUCCAAGGAAGGAACAGUGGUAAACAGGGUCAUUGAUGCACGUGAAAGGCGAAGGCUGGCCUGUGUGGUCUGAUCCAACAAACGAGCUACUGUAGCUCAAAUUGCUGAAGAAGUUAAUGCUGGUUCUGAUAGAAAGGUGUCAGACUCCAUACCUCGAUGGUUCAGGGCUGUUUUGGCAGCAAAAGGGAAACCAACACAAUAUUAGGAAGGUGGUCAUAAUGUUAUGCCUAAUUGGUGUACAUAAUCACUCAAUAACAAUUGGAAAAGUAUUUCUUAAAUUUUUAUUCAUUAAUUUACUUUUAGUAAGCAAUCAUCCUGGUUAGGGUCACAUGGAUACAGCACCAUUUAAAAACACGGGACAGAAAUUUUGUUGUUGAGGCCCCUGGAAUAAGAGUAAGAUUCUGAGUAGCUCCAACUCGUGUGUGUCACAUAUAUAUAUAUACAGUAUAUACACACCGAUCAGCCAUAACAUUAACACCACCUC